ACCUCACUUUUUGAGACUCCACCACAUGCUCAUCAGACCACCACCAGCUCGCACAAAGCUUGUCGAGCUCUUGACUUCUCCACCGGUGCACAGCAGGCGGAGAAUCUCUGGGAGGUUCCAACAAGCACCGCCCAGGAAACAGUGACCGAUUCAAAGGAGAAAGAAAUGGAAAAAGAAAGGGAGAAAGAAAGAGAGAGGGAGGCUCAAAAACUGCAAAAGGCAAAGCAGGACAUGAUGAGGGCAGAUUUACAGCAGAAAAUUCACACCAGAGAGCACAAGGUGGAAGAAGUCCGAUCAUCCGUAACAGCCUGCAAGGUCAGUUUGGAUGCUGAGUGGCUGGAGAUCAACAGCGUGUUCUCAGAGGUGAUGAAGGUCGUGGAGGACGCUCGGCAGAAAGCCCUUCAGCCUGUGGAGGAGAGGAGGCAGGAGGUGAAGAAAGAAGCACAAGAUCUGAUCCAGAAGCUGCAGAGAGAAAUUGAUGUGCUCAAAAAGAGCAUCGAUGAGUUGGACAAAACACCAGACUCUCAGGUUUCUCCUCUAACGGACCUGAAUAAGUCUUGGAAAAAUGCAAGCGUUGACACUUCGUUCUCCUUUGGGACCCUGAGAACCACAACCUCUGGCAUGAUGAAAGAGAUUCAGGAGAAGCUGGAAAACCUCUCCUCCGUUGAACUCAAGAGGAUUCCAGCAUUUGCAGUGGAUGUAAAGCUGGACCCAAACACUGCACAUCAGUGCCUCGUUCUUUCUGCUGAUGGGAAGAAAGUGCGAGAUGGCGGACAGACGCCCAAACUUCCCGACGCUCCGGGGAGGUUCGACAGCUUCGGCAGCAUUCUGGGGCUCAAUGGCUUCACCUCCGGAAGGUCCUACUGGGAGGUGGAGGUCGCCAACAAGACCGGCUGGGAUCUGGGUGUAGCGAGGGGCGACGCCAACCGCAAAGGCAAACUCACGCUGAACCCAGAAAACGGUUACUGGGUUACUGUGCAUUACGAAAACAAAAAGUACGCAGCCCUGACAGCGCCACCUAUCAGCCUUCCCCUGAAGGAGGAGCCGCAAAAAGUGGGCGUGUUUGUAGAUUACGAGGAAGGCCUGGUGUCCUUCUACGAUGUGACGACUCAGUCUCACAUCUACUCGUUUACAGAGUGUUCGUUCAGAGAGCCAAUCUUCCCCUAUUUCAGUCCACAUCUUCAACAAAACGGGAAAAACGUCGACCCUCUGGUCAUCUCUGCUGUGCAUUAGCAGCACUAGUCAUGUGAAGGGUGAUGUUACUGGUGCACUGAACACACCACUGACAUGAAGUGUAUGGUUUUGGGUACGGUUUGCAGCUUCAUGGUCAUCUGAAGUGUCAUUCUGAGUGUUUUUAAUUGUACAUUAAUUAUUAUAGGAGGAAAACAUCAGAUUUUGAGUGUCACUUUUGCACUAUGUUGAUGUACCAGAAAACAAAUGUAUGCAUGUUUACGAGAUAGGCUAAGAGCACAUAUCUGCAUAUUUCAUCAUAAAGUGAAUUAAUGAGGCUUCGUUCAGACUAAAUAUUUUAAUCAUUUGAGCAGUUUGUCAUGUAUCACACAUCAUCACAUUCCUAUAGAUAACUAGAUCUGGUCAAUAUGGAGGAUUUGCUUUUACACUGUGUUUAAAUGUUCUGUAUACAGUCACAGUCUGUAUUUGGUUUUCUUUGAAGCUCUGUUUUUAGACUCUUGCCAUGUCUACCUGUCCAACCUUUGGUCUCAAGCAUUGUGAGGUUUCUGCUGAUAUAUAUUCAGGUUGCGUCCACUGUGGCCUGCGUGCAUCACUGCAGACUUUUAUGUAAGAUUGUAUGGUAUGAGUUGAGCAUGCAUGAACAGACCUGGUAUUAGGAAAAUAUAUUCAACUGCUCAUUUUUUCUUUUUAUAUGAUUUUGGUAAGAAAAAUAAAAGAUGUUUGACUCUCCC